AUGACACCACAUGCGUACGCAUUUGGUGACGUGGAUAAUGACGAGGAUAACGAAUUUAUCGUUGGAAACCUUAAAGGCGAGCUAGCCAUAUUCAAAGAUCACUUGCAUUGUGUUGGUGAUAUACGAAAUUCCGGAAAGAAUUCGAUCGUGUGUGUAAAUGCUGAAGGAAAAUGCCAUAUAUUCGAUAUUGCUUUUGGAUCGCCGAAUACUACCUCUACCUCACUUAUUGACGACGGAAGCACUCCACCUCCAAUCCGACCCAUCAUUAAUGAUAAAUCUCAUGAAAUUGGGAAACCAGACUUGACGUUGAGUGUUCCGGAUUAUAUGGUACACUCGAAACCCAUUAUCUUGUUAUUGAAUGUAGACGGAGAUGGUCAAAAUGAGAUUAUACUCGCGCGUACUGAUCGUGUUCUUCACAUAUAUAAUUUUCAAAUGCCGUCACCGUCGCUAUUGAAUGAUAGCAGUAGCAUUAGUAGUGGCAGUAAUUACGCGACAGAAACAAUUGGCGGGGUACCGUCUAAAAAAGAAGAGAGCCUUUAUCUAACGAAAAAGAAGAAAUGGUUGUUCGAUCAUCAGCUCACCUCUCUACUUUCGACCAUCGAUCCAAAUACUAGAGCAUCUUUAUUAUUAGUAGGCCAACCUGGUGGCCAUUUUUCUGUCAGAGAGAGAAACGAAAAACGCACUUCACCCGCUCCUAAUGAGAUUGGCUUAUUGGAAGAAGAAACUAACGUUGAGAUUAAUAUCGAACGACGUGAUGACGUGUUUAUUACAUGCGCGUGGAACGGAAGCACGUAUGUGAUUGAUCAUGAAUUCAACGUAGUAAAUUUAGAAUUUGAGAGUAGAGUUUGUGCUUUUGCCGCUGGAAAAUAUGCCAUCACUCCUGGAUACAGUGUGCCUUGCUUUAUGUACGUGGAUUUUGAAGAUAACAUUUAUGUAUAUUAUAACAUACAAAUAGACACUAAACCAGUGAUAAAUUUUGGUGAAGUAAUGCAUGAUGGACACAUCAACAAGUAUGAAGAAUUACUAAAAUCUUAUGAUAAGGAUUGCGAACAAGGUAAUCCUUUAGUAUUAUUUGUUUUUCUUCAUCAACAAAACUUAAAUGAUUGUUACUCAUAUCAGAAAUCAAAACGUUCUCGUCGAAUAAAUCGUCACCUUAUCAACCGAUACCAAAGCUUACAUCCUUUUUUAACCAAUGCUUGUACAACUUGGAUGACUAUAGAAAUUGAAGGCGAAAAUGAUGAAAGCAAUUGA